UUGCAAGAAGAUGAUGCGGCUGAGCGGCCGGCACGGACUGAAUGCAUGAUUGGCCCAUCCGAGACAUAUAUCUUUUCACUUGCCUUGUCUAGUUUCUUGCCAAAUCGCUGUUUAAUGUCGAACUGUAACCGGAGCGGCGUAGAAACUGAUUAGCAGUAAGAAGAAGAAGAAGAAGAAGAAGAAGAAGGAGGAGGAGGAGGAGAAGAGGAGCGAAGCAGUAACUGAGAGGAGUUGGGCAUCAAAUUGCACCGGAUGUCAUUACACGCUCUUAAAUAUCGAGGACUAUAAUCAGGACCAAAGGCAGAGCCAUGGAGGCUGUAACACGUCUGGUGAAUGACACUGUAGAAUUUUACAAAUGGGGCCUUACUAUAGCAGACAAGAGGGUGGAGAGCUGGCCGAUGAUGUCGUCUCCCGUCCCCACUCUGGCCAUCAGCUGCCUGUACCUGCUCUUCCUGUGGGCGGGGCCUAGAUACAUGCAGGACCGUCAGCCCUACAUACUCAGGAAGACCCUCAUAGUCUACAACUUCAGCAUGGUGGUCCUCAACUUCUACAUCGCCAAAGAGCUCCUACUAGCCUCUAGAGCAGCCGGGUACAGCUACCUCUGUCAGCCUGUCAGCUCCUCCAACGACGUCAACGAAGUCAGGAUAGCAUCCGCUCUCUGGUGGUACUACAUCUCCAAAGGAGUGGAAUUCCUGGACACCGUCUUUUUCAUCCUGAGGAAGAAGUUCACCCAGGUCAGCUUCCUCCACGUCUACCAUCACUGCACCAUGUUCAUCCUCUGGUGGAUCGGCAUCAAGUGGGUCCCCGGUGGACAAUCAUUUUUUGGUGCAACCAUCAACUCUUCCAUCCACGUGCUCAUGUACGGAUACUACGGCCUGGCAGCUUUGGGACCUCAGAUGCAGAAGUACCUCUGGUGGAAGAAAUACCUCACCAUUAUUCAGAUGAUCCAGUUCCACGUGACCAUCGGGCAUGCUGGCCACUCCCUCUACACAGGCUGUCCGUUCCCCGCCUGGAUGCAGUGGGCUCUGAUUGGCUACGCCGUCACCUUCAUCAUCCUUUUCGCCAACUUCUACUACCACGCUUACCGACGCAAACCCUCCUCCGCCCAGAAGGGAGGCAAGCCCGUGGCGAACGGCACCUCGGUGGUAGCUAACGGUCAUAGCAAAGUGGAGGAGGUGGAGGAUAACGGGAAGAGGCAAAAGAGAGGAAGAGCGAAGAGGGAGUAAAGACGGAAGAGUGCUUGCUCGGCCGAUUUAAAAAAGAAAAAGAAAAAAAAAGACAGUUGUUUUAAGGGCCAGAGAAGGAGGGUGGGUAGGGAUAGACAGAACCCACACUGGCUUCAUCAUCCCUGCACAUAAUGUAGAAAGAUGUGAUUUGUGACCAACUUGGAAAGGUGAAAGGA